AUGCUACUCCUGCUCCUCCUUCUCUUCGAGGGACUUUGCUGCCAUGGGAAAAACACAGCAGUUCCCCAGGAUCCAGCACCCCAUUAUCUAGCAGCAGAAGAGCCCCUUCGCUUCCGUUUGCUCCACAUCUCGUCCUUUGCCAACCACAGCUCGUCGCACAACCAGGGAUCUGCCUGGCUGGGUGAGCUGCAGACUCAUGGCUGGGACACUAUAUUGGGCACCAUCCGCUUUCUGUGGCCUUGGUCUGGGGGAAACUUCAGCAAAGAGGAAUUGACGCACCUCCAGGAGCUGUUCCAGUUGUACUUCCAUGGUUUUACCCAGGAGGUACAGGCCUAUGCCAGUCAAUUUCAUUUUGAAUAUCCCUUUGAGCUCCAGAUAUCAGCUGGUUGUACAACGCGUGCUGGGGAUGCCUCAGGAAGCUUCUUAAAUGGAGCAUAUCAAGGAUUAGAUUUCCUGAGUUUCCAAGGAAGUUCCUGGAAGCCAUCUCCAGGAGCAGGGAGUCAGGCCCAGAAUGUCUGUAAGGUGCUCAAUCGCUACCUGGAUAUUAAAGAAAUAGUGCAGAUUCUUCUCUGGCACACCUGCCCUCGAUUCCUGGCAGGCCUCAUUGAAGCAGGCAAGUCAGAACUGGAACGACAAGUGAAGCCUGAGGCUUGGGUAUCCAAGGGCCCCAGUCCUGGGCCUGGCCGUCUGCAGCUGGUGUGCCAUGUCUCAGGAUUCCACCCAAAGCCCGUGUGGGUGAAGUGGAUGCGGGGUGAGAAGGAGCAGGCGGGCACUCGGCGAGGUGACAUCCUGCCCAAUGCUGAUGGGACGUGGUACCUCCGAGUAACCGUGGAUGUGGUGGCUAGGGAGGCAGCUGGCCUGUCAUGCCGGGUGAAACACAGCAGUCUAGGAGGCCAUGAUAUAAUCAUCCACUGGGAUGGAUACUCCAUCCUCCUGAUAUUGAUCUGCUUGGCUGUAAUAGUUACCUUGGUCAUGUUGGCUCUCAUUGGCUCAUUGUUUAUAAAGCACAGCUCAAAUUGGAAUGUCCUCUCUCCCCGUGUACCCGACCCUGCUUUCCCCAACACUCAGGACCCCAGGAGUCCAGGACAUCAGCUCUGCUUAGCACAAGAAUCAUGGAUCAAAAACAGAUUCCUGAAGAAGUGGAAAACUAUUCUAACUCAACUCUGGUGA